AUGUCCGACUACGGCGGAGGCGACGAUGAUGGUGGCCUCGACAACGUCCAGGACGAGGUCUAUGAGGACUUCGACGAGCCCGAAGAGCCUGGCGCGUAUUAUUACGAUGACGAGGAGGACGUCGCUGGUGGCCAGGAGGACCCAGAUCAGCACAGGCGCGACGGCGAGAACGUCGUUGUCACCGGAGAUGUCAGCGCCGCCGCUGCAGCAAAAAUCAACUCGGUCCAGGAACAGAGCAAAAAGAAGGUUCCGGACGACCAGCGUACCACGACUCCUUACAUGACAAAGUACGAAAGGGCCAGAGUGCUGGGUACACGGGCUUUGCAGAUCAGCAUGAACGCGCCUGUCCUUGUCGAUCUGGAGGGCGAGACGGACCCUCUGCAGAUCGCGCUCAAAGAGCUUCGGGAAAAGAAGAUCCCUCUCGUUGUGCGGAGAUACCUUCCUGAUGGAUUCUACGAGGAUUGGACGUGCGAGGAACUCCUCUAG